GCUAAAACCGUUUGGAAGAAAAGGAGCAGUGAAGAGAAGGCUAGAAAUGAAGAAAGCCGUUGAUGAAGACAAGGAAGAGGAAAGUACCAAAAUCAAAGGAAAUGAAGGUACUGAAAAUGUUGGAACUUCACAACCAGCAACUUAAGAAAAAAAAUCAAAGACUGAAACAGAUGCUGAAGAAAGGAAUCCAACUGAUGCUGACCCCAAAAUCUUAGCACCUACUCCAAUGGACACAACGCCAGGGAAGGUGUCGGCAAAUGUUCCCACAGCUGGCUUAAUGAGUCCUGCUUCUGUUUCAAAGGAAGUUGACGCAACUAAGCAACCUCUGCCAUUGUCUCCUUCUGUUGAUCCUGAUGAAUUCAUUUCCAACUUGGUCUCAGCUGUUGAAUCUGACAGCCCUUUAGCUUCUGCUUCUACAGAAUCUCAAUCAGUCCCUAUUUCUCAAGCUUCAAUUGAUGAAGCAAAGAAAUAUUUCAAAGUGGUUCUUUCAGGAAUGUUUGUGGAUGUGGCCGAACAACCAUACCGAUUUAAUGAGGCCUUGUCCAUUCUAAAGGAUUCUGGAGACUUGAGCACUGGAGAAUUGAAUGAACUCAAAAUUUUCCAAGCUCAAUUCCAAGGCAUUCUCAGCACCUUUCGAACUUCUUCUUACAUGCUCAAAGAGGCCGUAAAGAAUUUGGAAAGCAAUAAACAGUCUAAGGCAACCCUUGAAGAACAGGUUAUAAUUGAUUACUCCAACUAUAUGGCCUCAAAAGCUUCUCUCCAGGAAUUGACUGAAAAGGAGAAAACACUUCAGGUAUAUAUAGACCGCUUAAGUGCCGAAUUAUUUUCAAUCAAGGAAGCAAGGGGCGCUGCUGAGAAUGAAAAUUCAUUCCUUCGAGAUCGUCUAAUCAUCUUGGCGAAUCCAGGAAUCAGUUGUUGACAAAUCUUGGGACUUUGGAGAAUCGAAAGAAAGCUGCUUAUGAAUCUCUCUCUUUGGUGCAAUUUCAAUGGGAAAGGUUUAAGAAAUCUUUUAAUCUUUGAACAAUUUAUUUGCGGUCGCAUUGGGCCAAGAAGUCGAGUGAACAAUCAUUUCAUCCUUACCUCUCUCAAACCGAGUAUUAGCACAAAUUAUUACAUAAUUAUGGGAUCAUUGAUUUCGUGUCAAUUACUGUUAACAAGUAUGAAAAUUUUAUGUUAGUUUUAUUUUACUUUUUGGCUGGUCGAAUGUAACAAAAUUUUCUUUUCCUUUCCUUUCCUUUCCUCUGAUUUGAUGUCCUGUUUGAGCUUUGAAAAUGGCAGCUUCCUGUGUUAACAAUUUUGAUUUUU